CUGCAGACUGGAGACUCUGAGUUUGGAGAGCUGCAGUUUGUCAGCAAUCAGCCAUGUUGCUCUAUUCUCUGCUCUGAAAUCAAACCCCUACCAUCUGAAAGAUCUGGACCUGAGCUACAACAACAACCUGGAUGAUUCAGGACUGAAACAGCUGUGUUGUUUUCUGGAAAGUCCACACUGUAGACUGGAGUCUCUGAGAUUGGAGCUCAGCGGUUUGUCACCGAAAAGCACUGUUGCUCUGGUCUCAGCUCUGAAGUCUAACCCCUCCCAUUUGAAAAAAAUGGACCUGACCUUUAAUGACCUGCAGGAUUUAGGCGUGAAACAACUAUAUGGUUUUCUGGAGAGUUCAAACUGUAGACUGGACACUCUGAGAUUGGAGCUCUGCAGUUUUUCAGAGAUUGGCUGUGCUUCUCUGGUUUCUGCUCUUAAGUCCAAUCCCUCCCACCUGAAACAUCUGGACUUGGGUGGAAACGCGAUUCAGGAUUCAGGAGUGAAGCAGCUGUGUGGUUUUCUGGAGAUUCCUCUAUGUAGAUUGGAGACUCUGAUUCUGUGGUGCUGCAGUUUGUCAGAGAUCAGCUGUGCUACUCUGGUCUCUGCUUUAAGGGCCAACCCCUCCAAUCUGAAAUAUCUGGACUUGGGUGUAAAUAAGCUGCAGGAUUCAGGAGUGAAGCAUCUCUGUGGUUUUUUGGAGAUUCCUCUUUGUAGACUGGAGACUCUGAGUCUGAGGAGCUGCAAUUUGUCAGUGAUCAGCUGUGCUGCACUGGUUUCUGCUCUGAGGUCCAGUCCUUCACAUCUAAGAAUCCUGAACCUGAGUGACAACAACCUGCAGGAUUCAGACGUUAAGCAACUCUCUAAACUUGUGAGGAGUCUACACUAUAAACUGGAUACCCCAAGCCUACUGUAG